AUGGAGGGGGGGGCUUCGUACGGCUACGACGAUCCGCCCUACGACAGCCGCCAGCAGGCCCCGUCUCAGUCUUCUGAUGUGGGGUACGAUCCCAACUUCGUGCCGGACUCGGUGAAGACGUUCGUCGUCCACCUGUACCGGCACAUCCGGGAGAGGAAUGUCUACGAGAUCCAUCAGAUGUAUGAAGGGAGCUUCCAGAGGCUGAGCGAGCGGAUGUUCCGGGAGAGCCCCUGGCCGUCGGUGGAGGCGGUGGCGCCGUACGUGGAUAACGACCACGUUUUCUGCCUGCUGUACAGGGAGAUGUGGUUUAGGCAUCUUUAUGCGCGUCUGGCCCCGACGGGACGGCAGCGGGUGGAGUCGUGGGACAACUAUUGCAGUCUCUUCAGUGUGGUGCUUCACGGUGUUGUGAACAUGCAGCUCCCCAACCAGUGGCUGUGGGACAUGGUGGACGAGUUCGUCUACCAGUUCCAGUCUUACUGCCAAUACCGGGCCAAACUGAAGAGCAAAACUGAUGAGGAGCUGCAGCUAUUGCGCCAAUAUGACCAGGUGGAGUUUUGUAUUUUAUAUCGUAAGGGAAAUAACGUGCAAAUUUUCCCUGCUGUGCUUGCUCAUGGUCCUCUUGGAUUCAGUAUUUAUGUUAUCCGCGCUUCUCCGAUUCAAGUUUUUUAUUUUCAUCAUGGAGCAUUAUCUGUGUUCCUUGUUUACUGACUAAAAUGUGUACCCAUUGUAACGCUUACUCAUGCACAUAUCACGGUGUUUUUUUCUUGUGUGAUAUUGAGGGUGUAGGUGGGAUAUUCGGCUUCUCCUUAUGUUGAAACUUGUGCUAAGUGGUAUGUAGCAACACCAAGUAGAUACCUUCACAUAUUUAUGGGAGCUCUAAACUUUUUUAUUUCUUUGAAUCAUAUUGAAUUAUGUUUCCAAGUGAAUUCAAUUGUUCGACACCAAUGGUCUCUCCAUUUCUCAUUUUUGCCCUCGCCCUUUCGUAAAUCUCUUAAAAAGAUAAACUGUAGUUGUUCUUCAAGAUAUAGACAAACUUGGGAAAUAUACUGUUCUAUACACGUUUUUGAUGUUCUAGCCAGAGAUCCUGAAAUGGCCAACCUAACUGCCGUGUUGUGCAUUCUUCUUCCUCUCAUUGCGGAUUGAAGACUAACUUAUGAACCUAAUUCGAAGGCUCUUAUCUAAACUCUUGGUCUAAUAAUGCCACACUUGCAACAUUUUUACAACUUAAGGUACGACAAAUGAAUGUCUGAGUUGUCCUCUAAUCUUCAAAGCUAAAAGUUUGCAAUCUACUGUCCACGCUUGGAAAAAAAACCACUGAAGUGCGCUAGCUUUCUGGCAUUACAUGUAGAUUUCCAUGAAUAUAUUUUAAGCUUCGGUGGUUUAUCAAUUUCCUCCCAUAUAAAUGGCUCGAAAACUUGGAGGAUGGAAAGUUUGUCUUACGUGUAGACUUGGUGCUAUGCUUGAUUCGAAUAUCAUUUUUUUGAGGUUUGCUUUGUUCCCAUGAAAUUUAUGUCUUGGCUUCCUUCAUGUAUAUUAAUUUAUGUUUUACUCCUCAAUUUGGGUAUUAGUCUUUCCAUUGUGGGAUGCAGUUUACAGCGUUCUCGAGUUUUUUACAGUGCCUCGAUAUUGAAUCUCAUAUUCUAUUCUGUUUUAGUAGACGAUAACUUUUGUUUGCUCACUGGAAGGUGGGUUUUUUGGACUACUGCUAUUUUUAUUAGUUUUUAUUAUUAUGAUGUAUGGUAUACCGGUCGUUGAUGGUAUACAAAACUGUCUUCAUGUCUUUCUGUUCUCUCAUGUGCAUUUCUUUUCUGUUGUUUGUCCUUGACGUGGUCAUUCUACUAGUAGAUAUAUGACUGCAUUUUCUGGUUUGUAGGCGUGGAGUGUGUAUGGUGUGCUUAAUUACUUGCAAGCUCUUGUGGAGAAAUCUCUGAUAACCCAAAUUUUGGAACGAGAGAAAGAGGGUCUGGAACAGUUCACAGCUACAGAUGGUUAUGACUAUGAAGGUGGAAGCAAUGUUUUGAAGGUUUUGGGUUACUACAGCAUGGUAGGAUUACUGCGAGUUCACUGUCUGCUUGGAGAUUAUCAAACUGGACUCAAAUGUUUGGCUCCAAUAGACAUCAAUCAGCAGGGUGUCUACACCAUUGUUAUUGGAAGCCAUAUAACUACGAUAUACCACUAUGGUUUUGCAAGCCUAAUGCUGCGAAGGUGCGCCCCUUUUCUUAUUCUCUAUUGAAACUGUAGUUGGAAUGCCUUAUUUUCUGUGCUAUGCUAGAUGAGUGUCAAACAUCGAGUUCUAGUCAUAGUUCUCUCGUAUGUGCUCGUCUUCAGCACGUCAUUUGACCUAAGAAUGGAUUAUUUGUGUCAAUAAUUCUCUCUAGACUUCUUAUCGGAGCUCCUUGUGAGGGACUUCUGGUCUAAUACGCUGGGACUGCAAAUGAUACUAUUGUCGAGCCUGAUUUUUUCGGGAACGAGUAGAAUAUCCUGCGUGAUAAUGAAACUAUCCGUUUUAUGCUCUGCGACUUUUUUUUUUUUUUUUUGGACCGGUGGAAUCAACUUCUUCCUCAAGCAUGUGAUACUCUAUAUCAUGGUAAUCACUGUCCAUCUUUGCGGCCAUGGUUAGAGUUUUGUUUCAUAAGUUAUACCUUGAGAUAGAACUUGAGGCUUGAGGUUUUUGCUAACCUGGCCAAUAGCAAGCAUGAAGUAGAAUAUUUCGUUCUGUUGUUACUUGAGAUGGGAACAAAUUGGCUGCGAUUACUUGGGCAGUGAAAUUCAAUUGUAAAUCAACAGGUUGGAAAUGAAAGGUCAUGGUUUAUGAAUGCAGGUUAGCGCUUUGUAAGGCAACCUAUCCUGCGUUUCUAUCAUUCCUUUUUAUCUUGAAGCUGAUGACAUCGACGAUCAAUAUUGCAUUAUGCAUGGAGUAGAGUUGAUGUGGGGGAUCAUAAUGCGACACAGGGGAGGCAUUUGGAAAGGCAAGCAUGAUGGAGAACUGGGCAUUAUAAAGAUCAGAUGUUAGAAUCUAGCCUAUUUAUUUAAAUGGGUGUGAAAGAUGGGAACUGUAGAAAGUGGGCGCUGUGUAGCUUUGGUUGUGCAAAAAUUGUUCCAGAAGAGUUAGAAUAGGGACUAUCCAGAAGAUAUUGGGUGUAUAAGUGGGAGGGUCGAAAGUAAGGAUAUUGACAAUAGAAUGCCCUUAUUGAUUUUAUUUGAGUCCCUGUAUCUGCAUUCUUGAAAAGUUCUUAGGGUUUUUGUUGAUAUCUGUCCCCCUUGCCCAUGGUUUUUUCGUCUAAUCUUUUUGUUAUCCUUCAUAUAUUCAUAUAUUUAUCAAGCCUAGCUUAAUUUCCUUGCACUUUUAUUUCCUUUCUUCAAAAAUUGCCAAUGCUUAAGUGUCUUGCAUCUUCUUAGGUAUGGUGAUGCAAUAAAAGAGUUCAAUAAGGUUCUGUUGUAUAUUCUGAAGACCAAGCAAUACCAUCAGAAAUCUCCUCAAUAUGAUCAGAUUUUGAAGAAGAAUGAGCAGAUGUAUGCGCUGCAGGCAAUUUGCCUCUCUCUGUGCCCUCAAACGAAACUGGUCGAUGAAAACGUUAUCACUCAGCUAAAGGAGAAGUACAAUGACAAGAUGCUGAGAAUGCAGAGAUUUGACGACGAGGCAUAUGGUCUUUAUGAUGAACUCUUUUCGUAUGCGUGCCCCAAGUUUAUCACUCCAUCUGCUCCUAUUUUCGAUGAGCCUCUUGCAAACUACAACCAGGUAUGCAUAACCUGAUCAUCCAGAAUAUUUUGACUAUGAUAUUUCUUGGCUCUUCAAGGAUGAAAUAUGGACCCAAAUCUGCUGUUUAUUCUUUUUUUUUGUAGUAUGAAGUGAUCAGUAUCCGUAUGUUAGUUUGUAUCGGUCAAUCACGUCUUUCCCUUUUCAUGCGCAGGCAUGUGUUUAUGGGUUCUAUCUCUUUUUAGGCCUGAUUUUUAUCUAGUUCCAAAGUCAACGGUCGGUCAUAGUUUGAUGUUUCUCACGGAUGUACAAAAAAGUCAACGGAUCCCCGUAUUUUUUCACUAAUUUUCUGCAUUAUCCGAACGUCGAGGACUGUUCAUCGACCAACUCCCCAGUGACUGAAGAAAAUCCUCAAAUGAUUUCUCGCAGGAUGCUUACAGGCUGCAGCUGAAGCUGUUCCUCUAUGAAGUAAAGCAGCAGCAAUUGCUGGCCAGCAUACGCACCUUCUUGAAGCUCUACUCCACCAUUUCUGUCGGGAAGCUUGCCACUUACAUGGAGGUGGACGAGGCGACUCUGAGGUCAGCCCCCCCCCCUCUCCCCCGGGGGGGAUUUCUAUCAUCGCCGGUGUUUGACUUUAUGGGCUGUGUUUGACUGGAGACGUGAACUCUGUUAUCUUCCUAUCAGGACCAUCUUGAUGACGUAUAAGCACAAAACCCACGUUGUAGAUAAUGAAGGGAAGAUCGUCUCUAACGCCGACAUCGAUUUCUGCAUCAACGAGGCAUGCACCGACUAUAUUUUCUUCAUUUUUUUUCAACAAUAGAAUUGACCGAAUCAGGGUAUACAGUUGACCAGGUGGAAACCCUCUUUUACGAAAGAUAUUCUGAUCAGAUCAUUGCUACAAAUGCAGGAUAUUAUCCACGUCGUAGACCAAAAGUCAACCAAAAAUUAUGGCGAUUACUUCUUAAGGCAGACUCUGAAGGUAACCCAGUUCAUCCCUGUUUGCUGCCAUCGUUUUCUACGUGGGUUUUUAAUUUUUUCCCUUAAAAUUCUGAUCUUCUUCUCCAUUUUCUUUAUUUGGGAAAACUCUGCAGUUCGAAGAGAUCAUCAGCGAGCUAGAGAGAGUAAAGAUGGACUGA